GACCCACACCCCACACACCCACACCCACAUUCACACCCGACCCACACCCCACACACCCACACCCACAUUCACACCCGACCCACACCCCACACACCCACACCCACAGCCACACCCACAGCCACAGCCACAGCCACAGCCAUCCACAGCCACCCACACACCCACACCCACCCACCCUCGACUCUUUUUUGAAUUUACUCUUCAUAAAAUAAAUUCUGAUAUGUUGCCAUUAUGAAUAAAUUUCAUCAAGAACUCAAUAUUAAUUCAAUGAUAUCGAGUCUUUUUUGAAUUUACUCACCGUAAAAUAAUUUCUGAUAUGAUGCCAUUAUGAUUAAAUUUCAUGAAGAACUCAAUAUUCAUUGAAUGAUGUCGAGUGUUUUUUGAAUUUACUCUUCAUAAAGUAAAUUCUGAUAUGAUGCCAUUAUGAUUAAAUUUCAUCAAGAACUCAAUAUUCAUUGAAUAACUUCCAAAGGACCUACUGCAAAACAAAUUCGAACAGAUGACAUUUCAUCUCCAACUGAAAAUCCAGGCAAAGUUGAUAUUAAUCAAUCAACAUCAUCUUCUUUGUUAUCAACUCUCAAAGAAUUGAAUGCUAACUUUGCUCAUUUACGUCAACAAGUAGCUAGUCUUUCAGACAAAUUUGAUCAAAAUGAAAACACAUUGGAUGUUAUUUUGCAAAAUCAAAAAAGGCUGGCUAAAGCUAUGCGGCAAUAUAAGAUUCCAAUUGCUUUGGUCGGUGAGACAGACUCUCAAACAUCAACAGCUACUCACAGCAAAGAUCCUCUCAUUUCCAAAUCCAGUACCGGUGAAGAAGUUGAUCUUCUUCUUAUUUCAGCUGACAAAACGAAGCCUAAUAAAUUUGUAUUAAGUGCCAUUGAUAAACUAUUCACCGAUAAAGAUCUUUUUGCGAUUGAUCCACGUUCUAUGGAAGAUGAUCAUCGAAUUCUUUCUAUUCAAAAUGCUGUUCAAAUAAAAUUUGGUCUAAAAACUGAUGAAUUAAGAACUGUUUGGCAACCAAUGCUUGAGUGUGACAAUAUUAGUGAUAAUGAUAAUGAAAAUCAAUUACCAUCUUUACCACCAUCAAUUCCACAAAAUAUCAACAAUGCAGAAACACACGAACAUUUCUAA